AUGGACCGUCAGCAAAACCUACAUUCGAGCAUCCAUGGCUCCUUUAGGAGUAGAGAUUCCUCAUCCACAGCUGAAAGCGAUCCACGAGAGAAGAUUAAGGAUUGUCUUCGAAAAUUCAUAGCAUUUAUGUUUACGCAAGUGGGUGUAGGCGCCCUUGUCGUGUGCUACGCGAUUUUGGGUGCUGCAAGUUUUAUGCAUAUUGAAAAAGACAGUCCUGAUGAACAGAUGGAAAAUGUUAUUAGGUGGAGACAAAAUUGUGUAGAACAAUUGUGGAAUAUCACCAAUAAAUAUAAUGUUUUGAACUAUACUGCCUGGAUGUCUAACAGUAACACAGUUCUUAAAGUGUUUCAAAAUAAUGUCACUGCUGCCAUCCAUUUGGGUUACAAUGGAAGAUCCUCAGAAGAUGUAUGGUCAUUCCCUGGUGCUCUUAUGUAUUCUUUGUCUGUAUUCACUAUGAUUGGUUAUGGCAAUGUUGUACCUAAGACUGUUUGGGGCAAAAUAGUAACUAUAGCAUAUGCUUGUUUUGGUAUACCUAUUUACGUUCUAUACUUUUGUAAUAUGGGAAAAGUGUUGGCACAGACUUUUAAAUGGUUGUACAUAACAGCUCAUGAGUGUAGUAGAAGAGAAGAUCCAUUAUUGGAAGAUGGUGAAAUACAACCAAUUAAAAAGAAAAUUACAGUGCCAUCUACUGCAUGCCUUUGGGUUAUAUCAUUUUACAUAUUGACUGGCACAAUAAUGUUUGGAGCAUGGGAGAAGUGGAAUUACUUAGAUUCAACAUAUUUUUGUGUAAUAAGUUUGUGUAAGAUUGGUUUUGGAGAUUUUGUGCCUGGUGCAAAUAUAGCUGAUUCAGCAGAAGGUUCGCAUUUGAAACUUGUGAUAAAUUUCAUUUAUGUUUUAUUAGGAAUGGGCCUAGUGGCCAUGUGUUAUAAUUUAAUGUGUGAAGAUGUAAGAGUCAAAGUGAGGGAACUUCGACAAGAUCUUAAAAAUUGUUUAGAUGAUAUUACAUUAAAGAUUACAGUUUGUAUGAAUGAUACCAACUAUGUAUCGAGAGUGAGCACGAUGUUGCCGCUGCGGUUGCGGCGAGUGUGCGGACACGAGGGGCGGGCCAAUGACAUCCUCUUCAUGCCUGCCGUCUGUCCGCCUCCAAAUGGCGCUCAUUCACUUGUGUUCUUUGGUGGCGAUGUACAGGACUAUCCAGAAGUGAUGCAAGCACACCGAGAUAACAGAAACUACCUAAAAUGGAACUUAGAGAACACGGCGCGCAUCCUCUCCAAUAACUUUCCCACUAAGCACAUACUGGUUGUGAGACCCGCUAGGAUAGAAUACAAAAGUUUUAGCUGCUAUGACAACUUCGUGCCGAGCAACAACGCGGGCGUGCCCGACCACACGCCCACACACAGCGCUUUGCACCAUUUGGAAAGGCUGCUCCAAGGUGUCACCAACAGAUUAAAGUCACUCCCGACGACGGAGCUGUUGGAGGCCGUCUCGUCCGUGUCGCUCCCGGAAGAGAUAGAUAUUGAAGAGCUACAUAACGCGUCGGUGCACGCGGGCGCCAAGUCGAACGGCGGAGCGGGCUCCAGCGCCAAGCCGGAUUUAGAUCUACUAUGGUGGCGGGAUAAGCUCGCGUUGGACGAAACCACCCUCACUUUGAUAGGAUUUAGCAAGGGUUGUGUGGUCUUGAACCAGUUGAUAUACGAGUUCCACUACACUAAGACGCUAACCCCGGGAGAUGAUCAUAUGAUGAGGUUUAUAGGUCGUAUAGAAAGCAUGUACUGGCUGGACGGCGGGCACGCGGGCGGCAAGAACACGUGGAUCACUUCGCGAUCUCUAUUAGAAACACUUACUAGGCUCGAUGUGAACGUGUACAUCCACGUGAGUCCCUACCAAGUGCAGGACGAAGGCCGUCCGUGGAUCGGCCGCGAGGAGAAAGCAUUUACUAGUUUAUUGAAGAAACUAGGCGCAAAGGUGCGCCGCCACCUGCACGCGCAGGCGGGGCUGCCGCAGUCGCUCUACAUGCACUUCGAGGUGCUCGCCAACUUCAAGCGCGCGCAGGACGCGGCGCCCGCCGAGCCCGCGGACACCUCCGAUGACGACGUU